UUAAUGUUAGUUUUACUUGGAAACGGAUGAAAAGCUGAAAACCAAACAUCUAAUUUAGUUGUGUGUGACCGUUAAUCACGAGGAGGAAGAGGAAGAGGAAGAAAGUUGAAAAGUGUGUAUAUUUAACAGUUAUCACAAUUCUGACUCUUAGAAACAGCUACUGGUUAAAAGGAUCAUCCAUGUUCCACGUAACAACCAACCAGUGACUAAGUCCAUGUUAGCAGCCAAAAGCCAAACCAACCAACCAACCAACAAACCAAAACCUUCUUCUCUUCUCUUCUUUUGUUUCUGUCAAACACUAACUUCAUUCAACAAUGGAGACACCGAUACCAAUUGCAUGGUGGGAAAAAUGGGUCGAAGAGGCACUAACAACCCUUGAUUCUCUCAGAGUGCUUCGAUCUCUUAGACCCAUUUGUCUCCAACGUGUGGUAGAUGAUCAUGCGUUUCAAGUGUUUGAUGAAAUGCAUCAAUGGGACCGUUCUUCUGUUGAAGUUGAAAUUGGUGAAACAACAUUUAGGAAAUGGAUGCAUGAUACCCCAAGUUCAGGUGAAGAGAUUGUUUAUGGUGCAGCUUCUGGCGAUAAUGAACCAGGGGUAUGUCAUGAGAAGUUUAGAAAAUUAAUUUUAUUUUCUGGAAAUGAUUAUUUAGGCCUGAGUUCCCAUCCGACUAUUGGAAAGGCUGCUGCAAAGGCAGCUCAAGAACAUGGGAUGGGACCAAGGGGCUCUGCUCUUAUUUGUGGAUAUACCAAUUAUCACAGGCAGCUAGAGUCGAGCUUGGCAGAUUUGAAAAAGAAAGAGGAUUGCCUUCUUUGUCCUACAGGAUUUGCUGCCAAUAUGGCCUUGAUGACCGCAAUUGGAAGUAUUGGUUCUCUCUUAGCUGGGAAUAGCAUACCUUCAGAUGAUGAAAAGAUUGCUGUCUUUUCUGAUGCACUAAAUCAUGCGUCAAUAAUUGAUGGUAUUCGUCUUGCUGAGCGACGAAAAGGUGUUAAACUAUACGUAUAUAGACAUUGUGACAUGUCCCACCUCCAUACACUCUUAUCUCAUUGCAGUAUGAAGAGAAAAAUUGUGAUAACCGAUAGCUUGUUUAGCAUGGAUGGGGACUUUGCACCAAUGGUUGAGCUUGCAGAACUCCGCAAGAAGCAUGGUUUUUUGUUAGUCAUCGAUGAUGCUCAUGGGACAUUUGUUUGUGGCAAAAAUGGUGGCGGUGUUGCUGAGGAGUUCAAUUGUGAGAAGGAUGUGGAUAUUUGCAUUGGUACACUAAGUAAAGCUGCCGGCUGCCAUGGAGGAUUUAUAGCGUGCAGCACAUCGUGGAAGUUAUUAAUACAGUCAAGAGGUCGUUCAUUUAUAUUUUCAACUGCUACGCCGGUUCCAGUUGCUGCUGCUGCUCAUGCUGCUGUUAGAGUGGCAAAACACGAGACAUGGCGUAGAAAGGCCAUUUGGAACCGGGUGAAAGACUUUCAUUUGCUUACAGGAAUCCCUGUUACUAGUCCCAUCAUAUCCCUAAUCGUUGGCACCGAAGACAAAGCACUGCAAGCAAGCCGGCAUUUAUUACAAGCUGGCUUCCACGUGACUGCAAUCAGACCACCAACUGUGCCUCCUAAUUCCUGCAGGUUGCGAGUGGCCCUCAGUGCAGUCCAUACAAGGGAAGAUUUGGAAAACUUAGCAGCCGCACUCUCCAAUUGCAUCAAUUUCCAAGACACACGGAUUUACGGCUGCAAUGGCUAUGCAAGACUAUAGCUCUACAUUCUAUCAGGAUGAAUUGCAUCAGUAUGAUUAACUAUCCAGGAACAAUAUAUAACCAUUACUAGCAUUAUUAACGGUCUAAUUUAAGGACAUUGCUAUUGUAGUGGUUUUUUCUCCUCUCAUUUUAUUUUCCUUAUUGGUAAGCUAUUUUGUCAACAUUUAGAUAAAUAAUUUUGUUAUAUGAAAUCAUAUUUACAUGUUUUUUA